AUGAUCAGCUUGGUUCAGGAACUACUUUCAGGCGAUCCGGAUGAUGCGGUUGAGCUCCCAGAUUCACUGCGCGCCAUUGUAGGUCAUGCUUACCUCAUAGCAAAUGGCGGCAUGAUCAAUAGGCUCAAACGUGUUUGGGUACUCUUUCAUGGGGCGUAUAUCCAAAUUAUGGAUCUUCAGUUGGCCUGGGACCCCCUUAUCAGCAAGAUUCUGUCAAUUAAAUUGCCUCAGGAUGACGACAACAACAUCCAUUCAUCUUGGGAACACCAGAUCAAGCAUAUACUUCAGCUUCAUCUCUCAAAUUGCUUCUCCGGAAUCCCAGGCGACAUGAAUGAUGAAACUCUGAAAAGAAAUUGGACUGAAAUGGAAGAAGAAAUGCUGACAGAACAACCCUCACCCAAUCCGCCAACACCCGCAGAGGAUGACCUAGAUCUAGAGGAGGAGGAUGGCCAACAGCCCUACCUGGAGGAAAUGGAGAACCAGUUAUUGGCUACCAUGCUUCAAGAUUUAAUUCAGCAAGAUGAGAGUUGA